AUGUUGAUCUCCAAUAACACCACAUCCUCCUCCUCUUACUUCUUUCUCACGGCCUUCCCGGGGUUGGAACUUGUUCACACCUGGAUCUCCAUUCCCAUCUGCUGUCUCUACACGGUGGCCCUCCUGGGAAACAGUGCGAUCGUGGUUGUUGUUACGGCUGAGCGCAGUCUCCACAAGCCCAUGUACUACUUCCUCUCCAUGCUUUCUGCUGUGGACCUAGGUCUGACCAUCACAACCCUUCCCACAGUCCUUGGGGUCCUCUGGUUUCAUGCCCGGGAGAUCAGUAUAAAAGCCUGCCUCAUUCAGAUGUCCUUUGUGCACGUGUUCUCCUUCUUGGAGUCCUCAGUGCUGGUGGCCAUGGCCUUUGACCGCUACAUGGCCAUCUGUAGCCCACUGAAGUAUGCUAUGUUCCUCACAGACACGAUGAGUCUUGUCAUUGGACUGAUCAUCUGCAUGCGACAAGUGAUUUUCCUGUUCCCCUGCAUCCUGGUCUUGAACAGUGUGUCAUUUCAGGGAGGCCAAGAGCUUUCUCAUCCAUUUUGUUUCCAUCCGGAUAUGAUCAAAUUUACAUAUUCCAACCCCUGGGUGAGCAGUUUUUGGGGAAUGUUUCUUCAGCUAUACCUGAAUGGCACUGACAUGCUGUUCAUUCUUUUCUCUUACGUCCUGAUCCUUCGUACUGUUCUGAGCAUCGUGGCCCCUCAAAAGCAAAGAAAAGCCCUCAGCACUUGUGUGUGUCACAUUUGUGCAGUGACAGUUUUCUAUGUGCCGAUGAUCAGCCUGUCCUUAGCACACCGUCUCUUCAGUUCCACUCCAAGGGUGAUCUGUAGUGUUUUGGCCAAUAUGUAUCUGCUCCUGCCUCCUGUACUGAACCCAAUCAUUUACAGUUUGAAGACAAAGGUGAUCCGUCAGGCCAUCUUCCAGCUGUUCCAAUUUAAGGGUAGACGAGAUUCCAGUGUGAGGAGCCUUACAGGAAGGUGGGAUACAAGGGGGCAAUUUUCUAGUACAUAG